ACCUUAAGAGACUACUUAUAUAUUAGCAACUAGGGUUUUUGUUACUCUUUACCACAGUCGCCGCCGGAAAAAAACCGAGGAAGAACCAUCUUCAGAGAAAGUACACUCCGUCCACCGCCGUCGUCAUGGGCCGUCUCCACUCUAAAGGUAAGGGAAUCUCAGCUUCUGCUUUGCCGUACAAGCGAUCACCUCCAAGUUGGCUCAAGACAACCUCCCAGGAUGUUGAUGAGUCCAUCUGCAAGUUUGCGAAGAAGGGUUUGACUCCAUCUCAAAUUGGUGUUAUCCUUCGUGACUCUCACGGAAUCCCACAAGUGAAGAGUGUAACCGGAAACAAGAUCUUGAGAAUCUUGAAAGCUCAUGGUCUUGCUCCUGAGAUCCCAGAGGAUUUGUAUCACCUGAUCAAGAAAGCAGUUGCUAUCCGCAAGCACCUUGAGAGGAACAGGAAAGACAAGGAUUCCAAGUUCAGGUUGAUUCUCGUGGAGAGCAGAAUCCACCGUCUUGCUCGUUACUACAAGAAGACCAAGAAGCUCCCACCUGUCUGGAAGUAUGAGUCCACCACCGCAAGCACUCUUGUGGCUUAAGGAAAAGCAUAGAGUAGGUCAAAGUCCUUAAUGAGCGACCAUGUCAUUGCAAUGGACUUUGUAUCUCAUUUCUCUAGUUUUUGAUGUGUUACAACUUACAAUGCGAUUUUGAAUUUAAUGAAACCUCUUUGUUCUUGUGAUCA